AUGCUACCCUCAUUCCUGUUUUGGGGACUUAUUGCUGUCAUUGGCACUUCCAGGGGCUCCUACCCGUUCUCUCACUCCAUGAAGCCUCACCUGCAUCCUCGCUUGUACCACGGCUGCUAUGGGGACAUCAUGACCAUGGAGACCUCUGGGGCCCCCUGUGACAUAAACCAUCUCAUGAGCUGUGGGAUCAGUGGUUCCGAAAUGUUUGCUGAGAUGGAUUUGCAGACCCUAAGACCUUACCGGACCAUGAUCAAGGAAGUGGCACAGAGAUACUGCAUUGACCCUGCUGUCGUCGCCGCCAUCAUCUCCAGAGAGAGCCAUGCGGGGGCUGUUCUGCACAAUGGCUGGGACCACAGGGGACUUAAAUUUGGCUUGAUGCAGCUUGAUAAACAAAUUUACCACCCUAUUGGUUCCUGGGACAGCAAAGAGCACCUUCUGCAGGGUACUGGAAUUCUAGCAGAGAGAAUUAAGGCAGUCCAGAAAAAAUUCCCCACAUGGAGUGUGGCUCAACACCUCAAAGGUGGUCUGACUGCCUUUCAGUCAGGAAUGGACACCAUUGUCACUCCUGUGGACAUAGAAACUGACUUCGUCAAUGAUAUUAUUGCCCGAGCUAAAUUCUAUAAAAGACAUGGUUUCUAA